AUGGCCUCCCACCUCAACAUCAACUACGACAGCGACGACGACGACAUGCAGGUCGACUCCGACUCCUCCGUAAACAAAGACGCAGAGGGCGAGUCCGUCGACGAGGACUCCCAUUCCGCAACAGACCAGCCCGUUGCUGGUCCAUCCAUGACCAAUGGUCUCCACACCGUGUACCAUAUGGAACGAGACUCGGGUGCUGAAGACUCGGGAUACGAAGACCAAGGUGAUGAUGAGGAAGAGAACGAGGAGGAGGAAGACGAUGAGGACGAUACCUAUGGCGACUCUAAGCAUGCCAAGUCAAAGAAGGUUCCCAAGAAGAAGAAGCCGUCAUCAGUGGCUUCGUCGUCUCGUGUGCGAGUUCCAACGAGGCAUGCCGCCGCCGAAUCGGACUCGGACUCCGAUUAUGGCGCCCGCUCAAAGAAGAAGAAGCCAAAGAGAAUAUCUGAUAGCGAGAUCCGUGUAUCAAGUCGGGGUGGCCGCGUUCCCAACUAUGUGGACGACGUCCAAGACUUUGAAAAGUUUGAGGAUGAGGACGGCGAAGCUACCUAUUAUGUCGACCCUAACGUCCAAUUUAAGGAAGAGGAUGAAAUCGAGGCCGUCCUCAGUCACAGUCGUGAUGAAGGCCGAGAAGCCGAUCCGGACGACCUAUGGUUUGAUAACAUACGCUUUCAUAUCAAGUGGAAGAACUUUUCCCAUCUUCACAACACGGACGAGACGUACGAGUUCUUGAAGCGAUUCAAAGGCUUGAAGCGUGUCGAUAACUACAUCAAAGCCUAUAAGCAGUGGCAGGCGAGACUGAAUGCCCCGGGGUUAUCCCGGGAAGAUGCUGAAGCUCUACUCCUCGACCGGGAGAGAGAGAAGCAGGAUCUGGAAACAUACCGCACCGUCGAGCGUAUAGUAGCCCAUCGCGAAGGCGUAGAAUCCAUCGAAUACUUCUGCAAAUGGUGCAAUCUCAAUUACGAGCACUGUACAUGGGAAACGCAGGAAGAGAUCAAGCCAAUUGCCCAAGAGCAGAUUGAAGCGUAUCGCAGACGAGAAGCCGAUGGCCGAUUCCCCUACAAGAGCCAGAACUACUCCAGACACCAGCGUCCGACGUUCAAGAAGAUUGAUAAGGACCCAGACUACAUAGUGUCCACGGGCGGUGAACUCAAGGACUUCCAGCUGACAGGUUUGAACUGGUUAGCGUAUCUAUGGAGCAAGGGCGAGAACGGCAUCCUUGCAGAUGAGAUGGGUUUGGGCAAGACGGUUCAAACAGUUUCAUUCCUCUCGUAUCUCUUCCAUGAGAUGAAGCAAUACGGCCCUUUCCUGGUCAUUGUUCCUCUGUCUACGAUAACGGCUUGGCAGUCGCAAUUCGCUCUGUGGGCUCCGGACUUGAAUGUAGUCACUUACAUCGGGACCGCUUCGUCUCGGGAGGUGAUCCGCGCGCACGAGUUUGGUCCGACGAACAAGCGCCUCAAGAUGAAUGUACUCCUUACAACAUACGAACUGACGCUGCGAGAUGCAAAGGAGUUGGGCGAGAUCAAGUGGCAGUCGCUGGCAGUCGAUGAGGCGCAUCGUCUCAAAAACUCCGAGAGUCAGUUGUAUGAGGCUUUGCGGUCCUUCUCAUCUGCGUCGAAGCUGCUCAUCACUGGUACUCCCUUGCAAAACAACGUCAAAGAGUUGUUGUCGCUCAUGCAUUUCUUGAUGCCUGAGAAAUUCGCGCUCACAAACGAAUUCGAUCUUAACGACGCCGACCAUGAAGAAAAGAUCAAGGAAUUGCAUGCGCAGCUUGAAUCGCUGAUGCUCCGGAGGCUCAAACGGGAUGUACUGACAUCGCUACCGAGUAAGAGCGAGCGUAUUCUCCGUGUUGAAAUGAGUGCUCUUCAAACACAUUGGUAUAAGAACAUCCUCACGAAGAACUUCCAAGGCUUGGUGAAGAGCGCACACGGAAACAAUAACAUCAGCUUGUUGAAUAUCGCGAUGGAAUUGAAGAAGGCUGCGAAUCAUCCUUAUCUUUUCGAUGGUGUCGAAUCACGCUCGGACUCCAAGGACGAGGUUCUCAAGGGUCUCGUCAUGAACAGUGGCAAAAUGGUGCUCCUGGACAAGCUAAUGGUACGGCUGCGACAAGACGGCCAUCGUGUGCUGAUCUUCAGCCAAAUGGUGCGAAUGUUGGACAUCCUCAGUGACUAUAUGUCGCUGCGUGGCUAUCUGCAUCAACGUCUGGAUGGAAUGGUUUCCUCCGACGCCCGCAAGAAAUCGAUUGCCCAUUUCAAUGCCCCAGGUUCUCCUGAUUUCGCGUUCUUGCUCUCUACACGAGCGGGUGGUCUUGGUAUCAAUUUGGAGACUGCCGAUACUGUUAUAAUUUUCGAUAGUGAUUGGAAUCCUCAAAACGACUUGCAGGCGAUGGCUCGGGCACACCGAAUUGGCCAGAAGUCGCAUGUCAGCGUGUACCGGUUUGUUAGCAAGGACACAAUGGAGGAAGACGUGCUGGAACGUGCCAAGAAGAAGAUGGUCCUAGAGUAUGCCAUCAUCAACCAAAUGGACACCUCUCAAGCACAUUUGGGUGCCAAGGCUUCGCAAACGAAAGACCCCCAUAAGCCCGAUAAUCUCAGUAAGGACGAAUUGCACGCCGUGCUGAAAUACGGGGCACAAAAAUUGUUCGAUAAGGACGAUUCUCAGCAAAGCAAGAAACUCGAUGAGAUGGAUCUCGAUGACAUUUUGAAUAGGGCCGAAGACCACGAGACCAUGGACGGCGGCGAUGGAGGCACGUCACUCGGUGGCGAGGGUUUCCUGCAACAGUUCGCUGCCGUUAGCGAUGUCAAGAACGACAUGAGCUGGGAAGAUAUCAUUCCUCUAGAGGAACGACAGAAGUUCGAGCAGGAAGAAGACGAACGCAAGACGGAGGAAUUAGCCGCUCAGGAGUCGAGGGACCGAAAACGUGCUGCUGCGCAGGUUUCGUACGAAGGCAUGGACGUCGAUCCUGUACCUGCAGCACCUGCGCCCAAGAAACCCAAGGUACCGGGUCCAACACGAAAGUCGGCGAGUCAGAAGGCUAUGGAGCUAAAGGAGCGAGAUGUGCGAGUUCUUAUCCGCAGUCUGCAGCGAUGGGGCGACAUCAGACAGCGCUACGACAUCAUCGUCAAUGAAUCCAAGUUGCAAGACAAGAACAAGGGGAUGAUACUUGACAUCGCGGACGAAAUUCUUGACAUAUGCACUCAGGCUGUUAAGGAGAGUGAAGACCAGAAGCGGUCACGAAUUGCGGCUGGGGAGACCCUCACGAAUGCUCAGAAAAGCAAAGCCGUUCUUGUCACUUGUCGCGGUGUUGGGAACAUCAAUGCGGAGACCGUCAUAUCGAGGUUCCGUGACCUCCGUAUACUGUUCACCCAUCUGUCCGAGCUCCCGGAUCCGUACAAGUGGUCCAUUCCUAUCGACAACAUUCGUCCAACUCUGAAUUGGUCUGGUCGAUGGGGCCCUCAGGACGACUCCAUGCUACUUGUUGGUGCAUUCCUGUACGGCUUCGGCAAUUGGGAGGCCAUGCAAAAGGACCCGAAGUUGAGUCUAGAAGGGAAAUUCUUCCUUGAAGAGGGCAAGAAGGGCGAAGACACAUCGACUAGGCCGAUCCCUAAUGCCAUCCAUCUUGUACGUCGAGGUGACUUCCUCCUCGGUCUGUUGCGCGAACACGACGAGAAGCUUCGUUCUUACGAGAGCUCAUUACGGAAUCGGGGAGCGUUGAAGGCUUCAGCAUCCCCUCCACCCCCUCCCAUGGCUUCCUCUUCCUCGUACGGUGGGAGCAUGAAGCGGCGUGCUGAGAGCGAAGCUAUGGCGUCCAUUGACGAGGGGAGUCGCAAGCGCAAGCGGCGCCCAACACCCACUUUCACUGAUUCAGAAUCCUCUGAUGAAUGCCCGUCGAUGGACGAAGCCUCUACUAAGGAGGAACUCCGACCUGUCAAGAAGCAACUGAAGCAACUGAAGCUGUCCGGCGAGGACAUGCCUCGUGAUGACAAGGUGGCAAUUCUCAAGGACUCGCUUGCCGCAAUUGGCCGUCGCAUCGAAGUUGUCUUGAAUGCAAAAGCAGCAGCUGGCGAAGACCGCGAACAGUGGCGUCGUCAUUUGUGGACAUUCGUUACCCUUUUCUGGCCCAAGAAAGUGAAGGCCUCCAAGUUAGAAGAGAUACACGCGAAGAUGGUCAUGAAAGAGGCUGCGCCUCGAGCCGGGUCCGAGAGUUCGGUGAAAAAGGCUCGCCCGGGAACAAGUACUAAAGCAAACGGGUCUUCAAUUUCCGCACCCAAUGGCUCGAGGACCAACGGGAAGUCUUAUCGUUAG